CGCCUCCGAGGCCCCCGUUGAUGCCGCAGAGCUCCCCCAACGCCGCCGCCACCGCUUCCGACAUGGACAAGAACAGCGGCUCCAGCAGCUCCUCCGCCUCUUCGGGCAGCAGCAAAGGGCAACAGCCGCCCCGCUCCGCCUCGGCGGGGCCGGCCGGCGAGUCUAAACCCAAGAGUGAUGGAAAGAACUCAAGUGGAUCCAAGCGUUUUAAUCGCAAACGUGAACCUACCUAUCCCAAAAAUGAAAAUUUUAGCAACCAGUCCCGUCGCUCCAAUUCACAGAAAAGCAAAACUUUUAACAAGAUGCCUCCACAGAGGGGCGGCGGCAGCAGCAAAGUCUUUAGCUCUUCUUUUAAUGGUGGAAGACGCGAUGAGGUAGCAGAGGCUCAACGGGCAGAGUUUAGCCCUGCCCAGUUCUCUGGUCCGAAGAAGAUCAAUCUGAACCACUUGUUGAAUUUCACUUUUGAACCCCGUGGCCAGGCAGGUCACUUUGAAGGCAGUGGACAUGGCAGCUGGGGAAAAAGGAACAAGUGGGGGCAUAAGCCUUUUAACAAGGAACUCUUUUUACAGGCCAACUGCCAAUUUGUGGUGUCUGAAGACCAAGACUACACAGUUCAUUUUGCUGAUCCUGAUACCUUAGUCAACUGGGACUUUGUGGAACAAGUGCGCAUUUGUAGCCAUGAAGUGCCAUCUUGCCCGAUAUGCCUAUAUCCACCUACUGCAGCCAAGAUAACCCGCUGUGGACACAUCUUCUGCUGGGCAUGCAUUCUGCACUACCUUUCCCUGAGUGAGAAGACCUGGAGUAAAUGUCCCAUCUGUUACAGUUCUGUGCAUAAAAAGGAUCUCAAGAGUGUUGUUGCCACCGAGUCGCGUCAGUAUGUUGUUGGUGAUACUAUUACCAUGCAGCUGAUGAAGAGGGAGAAAGGGGUGUUGUUGGCCUUGCCCAAAUCCAAAUGGGUGAAUGUAGACCAUCCUAUUCAUCUAGGAGAUGAACAGCACAGCCAGUACUCCAAGUUGCUGCUGGCCUCUAAGGAGCAGGUGCUGCUCCGGGUAGUUCAGGAGGAGAAGAUUGCUCUGGAGCAGCAGCUGGCAGAGGAGAAGCACACUCCCGAGUCCUGCUUUAUUGAGGCAGCUAUCCAGGAACUCAAGACUCGGGAAGAGGCUCUGUCAGGAUUGGCUGAAAGCGGAGCAGAGGUCUCUGGUGUCGUGCCUGCUUUGGAACAACUGGUGCUGAUGGCUCCCUUGGCGAAGGAGUCCGUUUUUCAACCCAGGAAGGGUGUGCUAGACUAUCUGUCUGCUUUUGAUGAAGAGACCACCGAAGUUUGUUCUCUGGGUUCUCCUCGUCCUCUUGCUCUCCCUCUGGUAGAGGAAGAGGAGGCAGUGUCUGAACCGGAGCCUGAAGCCUGUGAUGACUCCGAGUUAGCAGAUGACAGUCUUGGAGAGGGGAUGAUUUGUACCAAAUCCAGCCAGCAGGAACCCAUCACCAAGCCAGGCUUCACACACCUGAGUGGCUCUCCUUGUUACUACUUUUAUCAAGCGGAGGACGGGCAGCACAUGUUCCUGCACCCUGUGAACGUGCGCUGCCUUGUGAGGGAGUACGGCAGCCUGGAGCAGAGCCCAGAGAAGAUCUCGGCGGUAGUGGUGGAGAUCGCCGGCUACUCCAUGUCUGAGGACGUUCGACAGCGUCAUAGAUACCUCUCCCACCUGCCGCUCACCUGUGAGUUCAGCAUCUGUGAACUGGCUCUGCAGCCGCCCGUGGUCUCUAAGGAAACUCUGGAGAUAUUCUCAGAUGACAUUGAGAAGAGGAAGCGUCAGCGCCAGAAGAAGGCUCGGGAGGAACGCCGCCGGGAGCGCAGGAUUGAGAUGGAGGAGAAUAAGAAACAGGGCAAGUAUCCAGAAGUCCACAUUCCCCUAGAGAAUCUACAGCAGUUUCCUGCCUUCAAUUCCUAUACCUGCACUUCUGAUUCUGCUUUGGGUCCCACCAGCACCGAGGGCCAUGGUGCCCUCUCCCUUUCUCCUCUUAGCAGAAGUCCAGGUUCCCAAGCAGACUUUCUGCUGACCCCUCUGUCACCAACUGCCAGUCAGGGCAGUCCUUCAUUCUGCGUUGGGAGUCUGGAAGAAGACUCUCCCUUCCCUUCCUUUGCCCAGAUGCUGAGAGUUGGAAAAGCAAAAGCAGAUGUGUGGCCCAAAACUGCUCCAAAGAAAGAUGAAAACAGCUUAGUUCCUCCUGCUCCUGUGGACAGCGAUGGGGAGAGUGAUAACUCAGACCGUGUUCCUGUGCCCAGUUUCCAAAAUUCCUUCAGCCAAGCUAUUGAAGCAGCCUUCAUGAAACUGGACACACCAGCGACUUCAGAUCCCCUCUCUGAAGAGAAAGGAGGAAAGAAAAGAAAAAAGCAGAAACAAAAGCUCCUGUUCAGCACCUCAGUCGUCCACACCAAGUGACACUACUGGCCCCGGCUCCCGUCUCCAUCUGGUUUUUUUUCUGUGCUUUUGUUUUGCUGCUGUAAUUUUUAAGUAUUUGAGUUUGAACCGAUUAGCUCUGGGGGGAGGGGGUUUCCACAGCGUGAGGGGGAACCAAGAAAAUUUUAAUACAGUGUAUUUUCCAGCUUCCCAUCUUUACACCAAAAUAAAGUAUUGACACUCACAAGAGA